AUGGUCAAAUCUAACUGCGCCAAAACUCUACCUUAUUUUUUCCCACAGAUCUCUGUCGCUGCCCGAGGCACAUGCUCGGGAUUUACACGGAGAGAAGGAAGAAAAAACCUAGAACCCGAGGGACCUUUACAGCAGCUGCGGGCAAGAGCUGCCACACAUGUCGGCAGACGCAUGGGACCACCGCCCACCCGCCGGCCUCCGGCCACACCGCGCUUGGCGGCCGGCGUCGCGCCGCUCCCGCCGGGCGCUCGGCAGCCGUUACCCCGCGCAACGGCCGCCAGCACCGGGGCCGCGCGCAGCGGGGGAGAAGGCGGUGGCCGCUGGGCAUCCGACCCCGACCGCCUGGCGCCGGAGCUGGGGCGGGAGAGGCGAAAGAAGCAAAUGCUUGAAAUCUCAAUAUUUGAACUGAGAAACACUGUAAUGGAACUGGAGAAAAGACUUAGCAGUGUUGAAGAUGAAGGUAAUGAGUGGAAAACCAGAUAUGAGACACAAAUAGAAUUGAACAAACAGCUGGAAAGGCAAAUUAGUAUUCUUCAAGACAAGAUGGCGCUUAUAUGUGGAAAUCCAGCAAGUAAAUUGUCCACUGUUCCCACCCUUGAUCAAACGUCUGUGGAUUCCUUAAAGGAGGUUCUCAGACAACUAGAAGAAGAGAAGUCUUCGAAUCAAAUAAAAGACUAUGAACUUGGACUGGAACAGGAAGCAAAAGCUUACCACGAAGCUAAUGAUGAGCAGCACAGGUACCUCUGCGAAAUCUUACAGACCUCAGCUACACUUAAAAUUGUUGGAAGGCAAAAACCAGAUGCUCUGACAGGCAAGGGAAGAAACCAGAUACUGAGAGGGAGGUACAGUGUCCCAGGAAACCCAGAGAUGAUUAAUCCUCAGAAACAAUCAAUUAAAAAGACUGUAGGAAUGAAGAAGCUUCCAAAACUAAAGCACUGA